AUGUUUCAAGUGUUCUGUUUCCUCAGAUUCUCACAGCUACAGGACUUCUCUCUGUGUCACUGGAUUCGAAACGUGAAUCACGCUGUGGAGGUGACGUCCCGGCGCUGCCUUCACCUGCGCUCCCUGAAGCUCUCUCACUGCUCGGGCCUCACUAAACCAGCCUGGGACAGCCUCGGCCUGCACUGCCGCUCCCUGCAGCGCCUCGACCUGCAGUACUCUGAGAAAGGGUGUUGUCCUAAUUUAGAGCUGCUGGAGAUAAACAGGAAACUGGACUCUAACCUUCGUGAACUAAAUGUGUGUGUCCAGGGCCUUCAGAUGGCGUGUCCCAAACUCAAAACGUUCCGGAUCAUGAACGUCAUUCCCAUCAACAGGACCAUGCGUGGGGUGGAGUCGUGUGGCUUCCCGAGGCUGGAGGAGCUGUCUCUGGCCACCACCUCCUGCUGCUACAUCUCAGACGCAGACCUGCUGCACUUCCUGUUGGGUUCCACUAAACUGCGGGUGCUGGACCUCAGAGGCUGCAACCGGGUCACUCCUGCAGGACUGGCUGCUCUGCCCUGCCCUGACCUGCAGUGCCUGUUCUGGGGACAGUACUACAACAGCAGUGCUCUGACGUCGCUGCAGCCUAAAGCCGGACUGCAGCUGGUGACGCAGAAGUGGGGCGCCACGCUGCAGCAGGUGGAUCUGGCCAAUCAGCUCUUCACGGAGGACGACCUGGACUCCGCCCUCAGCUUCCUGUCGCAGACUCCUCACACGCUGCACUCGCUCAACCUCACGGGGACCAGGGUCACGGCGCCACCGCUCAAGUCACUGCUGAGACGAGCCAGUUCAUUAAACUACCUGAACCUGACGUCGUGCCGGUAUCUGCCCAGAGGACUGAAGCGCAUCUACAGAGGUCAGGCAGACAUCCUCCCUCUACUGGAAAACUUACACUAA